AUGAAACGUUCUGCACUUGUGGCCGCUUCUUCGAUAGCUUCCCCAACUACAUGUCCAGUCAACGCAUCCACUGCCACUGCAACACAAGCAACGGAUGCACGCCCAUUCCAAGAAAUCCCUGGGCCAAAUCUCUUCGCAAGGCUUUUCGGGAAAAACCGAUCCCUUUUCAGGAGCAAACGUUCGAUAGCCAAUUACUUUGAAUGGCUUGUCGAUUUGCAUAAACGAUAUGGACCGCUUGUGAAAGAGGAUGCUCGACAAGUGUUCGCGUCAGAUGGUCGCCAAGCCCUUCAUUGUACCGCUCCAAGAGACAACGCAACGCUAUCGUCAGAUGAAAGGAAUGAACCCAGGGCUUGGAAACCUGUACCGAUUUUUUCAUAG